UUGGUCCUUGGUACUUUAGUUGAUAAGUGGUUGUUAUUCCCAAUUCUCAAGAUUCUAUUUACCUUAUUCUUUUGGAAAUAAUUUCUUUGAAUUGGUUAACUUCUGAAAAUUUGUCUCCAUUUUCAUGUGAACAAAUUUAAAAAAAAAACUGGACUUUAUCAUCAUCACAACUUCAUGAGAUAUGAAGGAAUUUUCCAUUUCUGUUGGCCACAAACUCUAAAAGUACAAAGGAAAACUGAAAACACUUCUCCUGUCUUGUUCUAUGAACUUCUUCAAAUUUUCAUGUCUUGUUCCAUGAACUUCUUCAAAUUUUCAUGUCUUGUUCCAUGAACUUCUUCCAUUUUUCAAAAGCCUUCCCAGCCAUGAAAUCCUAGGGUUGCCUUUUCUCUUCCAUUGAUAUUCAUCCAAUUACUGCCAUCCCAUCCAUGACCUUUAGUGGGAAGACUUGAGCACCAAGAACUUGUCUGUUUAGUCGUUUGGAAGUUGUGGGGAAAGUAGUGAAAACUGAAAAUUCCUCAAGUAGCAAAAGUUUGAGAGCAGAAACUCCAAAUGGCACCUCUAUAUGGCAUUCCUAAGCUCUCACUGCAUUUCAUAGACAAUAGUAGGUUGUGCAUGUAAGGAAUAACUAAGUUUCCCAUAAGUUUAUGAUAUAAAAAAGAAUACAACAGAGGGAAAGAACUUUCCAUACAAGUGAAUGAAACAUGAGGGAGACCAAGACUGCAGAGAAUUGAAGGAAAUCAACAGCAGUGCUCAUGAUAAACCUUGGAAUUGAUUUCACUGCCAUUGCUACAGAUUCCUGGUUCUAUAUUACUCCAGUCCUUGUGGAAACCUUUCUAUCUGCGCAGCAACAUUUGAAGACUAUUGUCCUUGUGGCCAGUGCAGGAUAUGGCUCAGAUCACAUUACAGCAAUUGAUAUUCUUAGAACAACAAGAUCUGCAAAUGGAUUAGCUAUUGGUGUUAUUUUGAAGCCUUUUAGCUUCGAAGGAAAAAGGCGCCAAAAUGAGGUCAAGAAUUUGGUAGAGAGACUUCAGGAGCAUACAAAUUUUUGCAUCGUGAUUGACACUGACACACUACUCAAAAAGGAUUUAGUAACCCUAGAUGAGGCUCUGAAGACUGCAGAUAAUGGAGUUCUAUUGGCCAUAAAUGCUAUUUCUGUUCUCAUAUCUGGGAUGCACAAAAAGCUUAUUGAUGCACCACAUGAUAAUAUGAAAGAACUCAAGGGUCCGGAAAUUAUAAAAAUUUUAGAAAGCCACAAAGAAGCAAAAAUCGGAUUUGGGGCUGGCUACAACAUUGAAACUUCAAUUUUACAAGCUAUAUAUGACUGCCCUUUCCUUAGUGUGUGUUUAAAGGAUUUAAAUGGCACAGUUAUAUGCAUUCUUGCAAGUUCAGUCAUCAUCAACAACAGUGAUGUGCUUUCCUUUUUGCAUGUUUUCCGGAAAACUACAGAAUGCACGAGAGAGAUCAUAAUAUCUAUAAUUCAUGAGCCCAAUCUUGAGCCCAACCUGAUAGUGACAACAGUUAUUAUUUUAGGUUCUACUGGGCAACCGGCAUCUCAAAAAAGCAGCAUAUUGUCCCAACUGGCCCAGCAUUUCCCUUUUAUUUUUAAUCUUUUGGGAGGACACCAUCUGCAACCAAAUGGCACACAAGAAAGCCCUUCUAUUGAAGGCCCAGGUCUUCCUAAGUUGAUAAAUGCACACGACUCUGGUGAAAUGCAAACUGGAAUUCCUAUGGAUGGCAUUGCUGAUGAUAUGGAUAUGUACUCUGAAGAACUCCAGAUGUUGUUGGGCAGAAAUGACCAUGAAAUCAAUGCUUCAAGGGAUAGUAAUGGAAGAUAUGAACAAAGUGAGCUUGGAUGCUCAGAGGCCACUAUCGAUUCCCUCAACUUUAAUGAUCAAAAUACUGAAGGGAUAUCUGCUUUCCAAAGAGAGCCGCUUAUUGGCUGGAACUUGGGACCAGGAGAUCAGAUUGCACAGGAGUGGGCUAAAGAAAGGGCAGCUGAUUCUGGAGCUACUACAACGCUUGACAACCUAAGCAUCUUCCACCUUCCAGUGGGUGUGAGACCUUUAGAAGAGUUGAAUGACAGUCCAAAUAUCUCAAAUACCACACAACACCCAGAGACAAAAAUAGGGGAUGAGAUUAAGGCACAACCACUGGUUACUUCAAGGAUGCCUUGGGAUGAAUUAACUGGUGCAGGUUUUGAAGCAGUAAUGGAUCUAUACAAUUCUGCAUCUACAGUACUAAAGGGAAAAUAUGCAGAUAUUCCCAAAAAGCAAGGCAUGCUUUCUGUUCGUGCUGCAUCUAUGCUGGAAUCUGAACGAGAUUCACAAAAAAAGUGGAGCCCCAUUGUGCAAAUGCAGUACAGAGGAGGAAUCUACCAGGGGCGUUGCCAAGGGGGUCUUCCUGAAGGAAAGGGUCGUCUUUCACUUAGGGAUGGAAGCAUAUAUGAUGGCAUGUGGCGCUAUGGUAAGAGAUCAGGUCCAGGAACACUCUACUUCUGUAACGGGGAUGUGUUCCAAGGAUCAUGGAGGGACGACGUUAUGCAUGGAAAGGGUUGGUUUUAUUUUCACAGUGGAGAUAGGUGGUUUGCAAACUUUUGGAAGGGAAAGGCAAAUGGUGAAGGGCGCUUCUAUUCAAAGUUUGGCGAUGUCUUCUUCGGCCAUUUUAAAGAUGGAUGGAGACAUGGCCACUUCCUGUGUAUCAAUGUUAAUGGAGAAAGGUGCGUUGAGGUUUGGGAUGAAGGUGUCCUUGUAAGUCGCGAACAGCUGGACUCGGAUACUGGCACUGGAUGAAGAUGCUGCCCAUCAGACAUACCCUCUAUUUUUCUCUUAUUCUCGGUCUUAUUCACCGACUCUAGUGCUUCCAUAUUGAGUAAAAUUAUAAUUUCUUAUGUAACCUCCAUUGGUAGGAUUUUGAAUCUAACCUUAACUAUGGUUUGUUUUAAGGAUAAAUUUAAAACCAUAGUAAUCAACUAUGCGUUUUAUGUUUAAAAAAAUUUGAAACUGUAAUUAUUAACUACAAUUUUGUGAUGUGAAUAUCUACAUGGAUGAGAUAUAUUAGUUUGAGAAUUAUUUUUGGAAAUAAUUAAUUUAUUCAUAAAUAAUAUCAUUUUGCAUUUACUCUAAA